CGGAAUUAUAUAUUGAUAGAACCUAUUAAAUUGAGAACUACUUUAUCGAAUUCGCAAGUACUGCAGAAAAGAUUUCAUUUGAGGAUAUUUCUUGUUUAUAUGCAAUUAUGCAUGCAAGACUAGAAUAUCUGUCUCUUCAGACAACGCGAAUGUGCAGUUCGUACAAUUGCAGUAUUAUAACGAUUGAUAAUAACAAAAACUCCUACAUUAGAAACACUGUAUAUAAUGUAAAUGUUGAAACUGACUUUUAAAAUUGCAAGCCAUUUAAGCAUGCAGAUCAGUUGAUUCUACUUUUGAUGACAAACAAUACGAUUAAAUAACAAUAUGGUAAAGUUAUGAAAAUUUGUAUUUUUACCUAUUUCGUUGAAAAUAUACAUACAUACGCCAUUGAACUGAUUGAGACAAUUAUGACUAUUAACUCCCCUUCCAUUAUUGCCCUUUAUGUAAAUGACCAUUAAUCACUGAGGUACAAAGAGGUAUAAGCGAUCGUGGAGUAAUUUAAAAGUGCAAUUACGAUAACUAUUGAUGAUUUAAUGCACUAAUAACUUUCCAAAUUUUUCAAUGGCAUUCAGUACACAACCAUGACUUCCCAGACGAGAGAUUACAAUAUCAGUUGGGAGCAGUUUAAUGAUGCAAUAGAGAAGUUUAUUGACAAGUCUGAACUCUUCAAUUUAAAUUGGUCAAUUAAAAAUGUUGAGACCCAACCGGAUGUCAAGUAUUUAAGUAAACGAGAAAAUAUUUCAAUGAAAAUAAAUAACCAAACAAAAACUGAAAGAAUAGAAGAUGAAUUGGAGGAGGAUUACAAAAAUAUUUUGACAGAUGAUGGUGUAUACUUGGGUGCAACAGGUGAAAUACCUGAUAGUGUUACAUUUGAGUAUCAUGUUGUGUACAGUUACAGCUAUAAUGUUCCUGUUCUGUAUUUCUCUGCAUGGAAACAAGAUGGAAAACUUCUUUCACUGGAAAAUAUAUGGGAAAAUGUACCAUUGGUUCAUAGAGAUUUCUUAAAAUAUGACAAGUGGUCAUUUAUAACACAGCAGGAGCAUCCAAUAUUGGGUCGACCAUAUUUUCUAGUUCAUCCAUGCCAUACAGCAAAUUUGAUAAUGCAGCUACUGAUGAAUGUACCAGAUAGUAAAAGAGACAACCUUUCCUAUUUGACAACAUGGCUGACUGCAGUAGGUCCAACUGUUGGACUUCAACUUCCAUUGGAGUUUGUCAUUGCAGACUAUCCCAGCAGUAUAUACAAAUAAUAAGGUUUUAUUCUUAAAUAAUAAUGAAGUUGAACUAGAAUUUUAAGGCACAAAGCAACCCAAAGAUACAAGCAUAUGAAAGCGCUAUGUCACAAAAUUUUUAACAACCAUGUUAAAAUAAGAAAUUUGUCAAGUGGAAGGCAUAUAUUUCCUUAUGAGAAAAAUAUACGCCGUAAAUAUUUAUAUAAACUCCCAAGAAAUCCACCAUCUAUGUUACAUACUAAGUGUAUUGAAGGCAAGAUCACUAAUUAGAAUUAACUAGUCCCAGAUGAAGAUGAUAUCAUGAGACCAUUAGAGAAUUUGCUUGUAUGUACUUUAAAUGUCAUUUAUUUAAUGUUCAUCAUGAUCCAAAGAAGCUGCAAAAAAUGCAAUUAAAUUAAUGACAGAAACAUUGCAUGACAAAUGUCUUUAAAAGCAACAGAGUUGCAUAAACCAUUGCAUAAAUCAUUUGCUGCCAUAUGAAAUACUGUACAUAACAAUCAAAACAUAAAAAUAUAUUUCAAAUGUUA